AUGGCUAAGGAUAACAUUACAUUCUUCAAUGGGGUCUUUGCCAACGUGGAAAGCGUUGCAUUGUUUUUUGACUGUUUGGGUUCUCACUUCACCUGGCUGCAGUCCAUAUUCACCAGCUUCCCUGCACUGCUCAACUUUGUGAGUAAAAUGAAGUGUGUGACUGGCAUCUGCCCGAGAGACUUCGAAGACUAUGGUUGCGCCUGCCGAUUCGAGAUGGAGGGCCUCCCCGUGGACAAAGUGGAUGGCUGCUGUUUCCAACACCGUGAGUGUUACGAAGAAGCAACAGAGCAAGAAUGUGUGUGGGACCCUGCCAAGAUUACUAUGGACGUCAGCUGUCUCACCAAAAACAUCACCUGUGAGUCUAAUGAUCCCUGUGAACACCUUCUCUGCAACUGUGACAAGGCAGCUAUUGAAUGCUUCUUGCAUUCACACAUUAACUCUUCCUUGAAUGGCCUGGAUGUUUCAUUCUGCCCCUCUCUGGUUACAGAGAUUCAGCACCAGAGGCCUGAAGAUACUCAGUUGACAGACACAUCAGUGGCAGAAGCUGCUUCUGGUGUGGAGAGCGAUGGAGGCCGUGAAACCCACAGAGAAGGAAACAUUCCUCCAGAGUCUAGUGAUCUGUUGCUGAGGAACCCAGAAGAAGGAGUUACUCCAGAUAUGGAGAGUGGUGGAGGUCUUGAAAUCCUCAGAGAAGGAGAGGUACACACACAUGAACUAUCAGACCAUAGCAACCAAAUUCACAUUGCAAGUCUGUUGUCGUCGACCACGUUCCUCACAAAGAGCAAAGUGUUGGGAGGCUGCAGGCAGCAAGACAUGGCGCUUCUGGAGGCGACUGACUUGCAAGGAGAAGAGGGGAAGCAUCAGCGUUUUGGCCUUAAGUGGACAGGCCUGCCCCUCUUCUGCCUGACCUUCUGUUGUCUACGUUCUGCAGGGAACCAUUUCAGGAUCGGAGGAGAGGAGGGUACAACUUUUUCCACGAUGUCUCCAGAAGAGACACCAGAUCCCGAUGAAACCUUUGGAGAAGUUUGUGACCGGUUUACCUUCCUGCAGCUGAGAGACAAUGGAAGAGUCAAGCGGGUGCUGCCACAAUUAGGAGAGAUGCUCUAUUGCUUAACUGACCGAUGCCCGGAGGACUUUGAAUUAUAUGGCUGCUACUGUGGGCAGGAAGGAAAAGGCCACCCGACGGAUGAUCUGGACAGGUGCUGUUUCUCUCAUCAUUGCUGUUUGGAGCAACUUAAGAAACUGGGAUGCCACCCAGAAAGAAAUUCCAGGUCUGAGGUUGUGUGUUUUGAUCAAACACCAAAGUGUAUUGGAUGGACAAUGUGCGAAAAGCUGCAGUGUUCUUGUGACAAGGCAGCGGCUGAGUGUAUGGCUGCUUCCUUUUUCAACGAAAGCCUCAUGGCUCCGAACAGACAAGCCUGCCCAGAGGUGAAAUUGUUCUGCCGCAGGGGAGGGCACGAUAGGCCGUUGAGCAGCACUGUGAUUGGUGCCAGCGCCUCCAGCGAGGAAGACAGGAGCAGCGAGGAGGCCGAGCUGGGAAAGAGGUUUUUGAGAAGAGGGAAGAGAGCAGCAGGCCUUGGCAGGGAAAACUCCAGAGCUAUAGAGCUGCAAAGAAGAUAACCUGCAAUUCUCUUGCACCAGUUGGGACACUUAUCAGGAGUAGGGAUGCACAGGAUUAGUAAUGCCUGCUCCGUCCUUUGUGUGUCAUAAAGCGACUCGAUUCUGUUCUGCUGCUGUUCCGUUUCUGCCCAACACAUUGCUAUCUGUUUGCU